UCAAGCUUUGAAAUUAGUACAAAGCCUUUUGAAAUUGUACCCCAUAAACGACGAGAGAGAAGUUCAAGAAAUGGAUAUGAAUUCUGGGCAACUAUUAUUUACCGCUGCAGAAAUGGGCAACACCAGAUUUGUAAUUGAGCUUCUAAGAAUGUUUCCCACAACCAUCAAUAAGAGAAACAAUGAGGAGAUGACAAUAUUUCACAUUGCUAUUAUGCGCCGUAACAAAGAAAUAUACAAUCUAUUGUAUGAAACCGGCUCCCAAAAUAGUCGAAUAUCUAGGUGGUUUGAUGAUAAUAACAACAAUAUUCUUCAUUUAGUUGCGAUGACCUCAAAUGAUACAACACAACUUCAAACGGUGGCUGGAGCAUCUAUACUAAUGCAACGAGAGUUACUAUGGUAUAAGGAGGUAGAGAAGAUGGUGCCGCCUGCAUUCAGAAAUUUAAAGAACAAGGAUGGUAAAACGCCCUAUGAGAUAUUCUCAGAGAAUAACAAAGAGUUGGUUUCCAAAGGCUUGAAAUGGACAAGAGAUUGCAUGGUGGUUGCCACCCUUAUAAUUACCGUAGCAUUUGCAGUUGUUUUCACAGUUCCUGGUGGCAACAACCAAGACACUGGGAUUCCUAUUUUCCAUCGUGACGCUAGUUUCUUGGUUUUCAUAAUAGCAGAUGCAUUUUCCUUGUUUACUUCAUCAACUUCACUCCUAGUGUUCUUGUCAAUCCUCACAUCUCCGCAUGGUCAACGUGAUUUCUUGUACGCAAUGCCUGGAAAGCUAAUGAUAGGUCUUGUGGCACUAUUUAUGUCUGUGGCGGCCAUGAUGAUCACCUUUGCUGCCAGCUUCUUUGUGAUUUAUAAGAACACAUACAAAUGGCUACCGAUCGUCAUCAGCGUAUUAGCAGCUAUACCGGUCAUCAUAUUUGCUGCAUUACAAUAUCCUUUUGUGAUGGAUAUGUUUCGUUCCAUGUUUGAUUCUAGGUACCUGUUUAAUACCGGGAAACGUGUACUUUACACCAAUAAUAAGCGGUUGUAAAUGUUAAAUCUUCUG